UUAAAAAAGUACUUUCUAAUACUUCUAAUACUUUUUUUACAAAGAAAUAGAAUCAAUUCGAAAUGCCGUUUUGGAGGUUCAAGAGAGAAAGUUGAGAUCGAGCUAGGAAGGAGGGUACGUAGUUUCUCCUUUUCAGGGAGUAGUGAUUAACGCGUGAAUUGGUAUUGCAAGGCGACGUCAUUCGCCGGCCGAUCCCUAUCCCUCCGCCUGCAAUCGACCACUUUAUCGUUCUCGAGAACCCUAAAUUAAGAUUUCACUUCCUACAUUUCUACCCUUAAUCCCCGGAUGAUUUUCACCUCUUUGAAGCUCUAGCUGGUCGAGAUUUUCCUAUGGCGGAGCCACCUAGAAUAACCGCCCUCGGCACGGCGGAGAGGAACAGCAUCAGCCAGCUGGUGCCGCAGACCAGCUCGCGGUCUGUGACCGAGACGGUUAACGGAUCUCAUCGGUUCGUGAUCCAAGGGUACUCGUUGGCCAAGGGUAUGGGCAUCGGGAAACACAUUGCCAGUGACACUUUCACCGUUGGCGGUCACCAGUGGGCAAUCUACUUUUACCCAGAUGGUAAAAACCCAGAGGAUAAUUCCACGUAUGUUUCCGUUUUCAUUGCUUUGGCGAGUGAAGGGACAGAUGUUAGGGCUUUGUUUGAGCUGACCCUGGUUGAUCAGACGGGAAAGGGCAAGCACAAGGUUCACAGCCACUUCGAUCGCUCCCUUGAAACUGGCCCAUACAGUUUGAAGUACCGUGGCAGCAUGUGGGGGUACAAACGUUUUUUCAGGCGAGUAAUGCUUGAAACAUCGGACUAUCUUAAGGAUGACUGCUUGAAAAUUAAUUGUACUGUUGGAGUCGUGCGUUCUACUUCUACCACAGAUUUUUUAAAUCUGCCUCCUAUUCAUGUUCCUGUUUCGGACAUUGGAUCACAUUUUGGUAUGCUUCUGGAAAACAUGGAAGGGUCUGAUAUUACCUUCAAUGUUGCUGGUGAAAAAUUUCGUGCCCAUAAACUGGUAAUGGCUGCUCGUUCUCCCAUCUUCCGUUCAGUGUUCGUUGAUCGAUCGGAGAGUGAGGAGCAGGACAUUGUUGUUACUAAUAUGGAACCCAAGGUCUUCAAGGUGUGAAGACACUCUUUCUACUACUGGCUAUGCUGCACUUUGUGUACACAGAUGCUCUUUUAGCAGGUGAUCUAGAAGCUUCUAGCUCAUCUAGUGUAUCAUCUUUGUCUGAUACAUUAGCAGCAAAGUUGCUCGAAGCAGCUGAUCGGUAUGAGCUGGGAAGACUCAAAAGGAUGUGUGAAGCUUAUCUCUGCAAAGAUAUAUCCGUGGAUUCUGUUGCAAAGACUCUAGCUCUUGCAGACUGUUAUCGUGCCAUGGAGCUUAAAUCUGUUUGCCUUCGAUAUGCUGCUGAAAACCUGGCUGCUGUGAUGCAAUCAGAUGGAUUCAAAUAUCUAAAAGAAAACUGCCCGUCGCUUCAGUCAGAACUUCUGAAGACAGUGGCUGGCUGUGAGGAAGAUGAUGGUUGCAGCAGUGGAGCUGGGAAGUCUCGUAGUGUUUGGGCACAGCUUUCUGACAGCGGUGCGGAUACUGAUGGCAGGAGGGUACGGCAAAGGACCUGACUCAUGAUCCUGUAGUUUUUCUACUACCACAGUGAUGAUCUGUUACAGUAGAAUGGACAUGUGUAAAACCACCAAAACAGUGUUACAUAACGAAAAAUAUUCCACCAUCCUUAUAUGUUCAGAAAAUGUUUGUUUGUAAUGAUAGUUAGAGCCGCACCCCCACCCUCUACAUGUUCAUACCACAAAAGCAUGUUCAACACGAUGUCAAACUACAUUUUUCUGGGUUUAAAUGGAAACACUUUUUCUCCCUCAGUUCAUCAAAUCAGC